CAAGAAACAGAACUUCCUUCUUUUUGACAUGACGACACAUCCCCUCACCAACAACAACAUUAAGCAGCGCCUCAUCAAGAAGGUGCAGGAAGCCGUUCUCGACAAAUGGGUGAACGACCCUCACCGCAUGGACAAGCGCCUGCUGGCCCUCAUCUACCUGGCCCACACCUCGGAUGUCCUGGAGAACACGUUCGCGCCCCUCCUGGACGAGCAGUACGAUUUAGCCACCAAGCGGGUGCGGCAGCUCCUGGACUUAGACCCUGAGGUGGAGUGUCUGAAGGCCAGCACCAACGAGGUGCUGUGGGCAGUGGUGGCCGCCUUUACCAAGUGACGCUGCGCAGAACCGGGUGUCCUCCUUUCUCUCGCAGGAUCAUUUUUCUUCCAGGGACUCCUGGUUUUCUGCAGUUUGUACUUCCCACACUAUAAUUGGUUUUCGUUUUAUGAAAUGGUGGGUGGCUUUUCCUGUUGUGGGUGUGUACCUGCAGGAAGCUGCUGGUAUGAGAGACCUUUCUAAAGCUUUUUUAAGUUUAGAAAAAAAAGUUUUACUGCCUAUUGUUAUUUCAUUCCUUCUUGACUUCAAGAGAGUCGCCGUUCUCACUGUAAUAGGCUUUGGAUUUUUGUUAUGUUUACUUUCAAACUACCUCCAGUUUCUUUCUUUCCUUUUUUUGCCGAUUUUUGUUUUUUAUUGAAGCAUAGUUUGAUUUACAAUGUUGUAUGAGGUUCAAGUGUACAGUAUAGUGAUUCAGUUAUACAUAUAUAUAUAUAUAUAUUCUUUUUCAGAUUCUUUUCCCUUAUAGGUUAUCACAAAAUAUUGAGUAUAGUUCCCUGUGCUAUAUAGUAGGUCCUUGUUCAUUUCCUAUUUUAUAUAUAAAAGUGUGUAUAUGUUAAUACCAACCUCCUAGUUUAUCCCCCUCCCCUUUCCCCUUUGGUAACCAUAAGUUUGUUUUCUAUGUCUGUGGGUCUAUUUCUGUUUUGUAAAUAACUUCACUUGUAUCAUUUUUUUUAGAUUCCACAUAUAAGCAAUAUGAUAUUUGUCUUUGUCUGGCUUACUUAGUAUGAUAAUUUCUAGGUCCAUCCAUGUUGCUGCAAAUGACAUUAUUUCAUUCUUUUUUAUGGCUGAGUAGUAUUCCAUUGUAUAUUUGUGCCACAUCUUCUUUAUCCAUUUGUCUGUCAGUGGACAUUUAGGUUGCUUCCAUGUCUUGGCUAUUAUAAAUAGUGCUGCUAUGAAUAUUGAUUGAGGUGCAUGUAUCUUUUCUUGAAACUACCUCCAGCUUCUUUUUCUUUAAUUUUAUUUAUUUUAUUGUUAUGGCUGCAUCAGGUCUUACCUGUGGCACACGGGAUCUUCGUUGUGGUGCACGGGCUUCUCUCUAGUUGUGACAUGAGGGUUUUCUCUUCUCUAGUUGAGGUGCGUGAGCUCAGUAGUUGCGGCAUGCAGGAUUCGUUUCCCCGCAGCAUGUGGGAUCUCAGUGCCCUGACUAGAGCUUGAACCCCUGUCCCCUGCAUUGGAAGGCAGAUUCUUUACCACUGGACCACCAGGGAAGCCCCUCCCUCCAGCUUCAAAAGCACAUCAUUAGCAUUUCUUGAGUUUAAGUUUUUCCACAAGUACAAAUUCUUCUAUAUUCUUAACUCACCAAAAGUAAAAAGCUGUACCUAUCAAGAUAUUUUUCAGUAAAGCUCAAUCUAGAUGCAUACCUUAACAAUUUUUUACUGGCAUUAUGCUAAGUGACAUGAGUCAGACAAAGAAAGACAAAUACUGUAUGAUAUCACUUAUGUGUGGAAUCUUAAAAAGCCAAACUCAUAGAAACAGUGAAUA